CUGGUUACGAGUCUAAUCACCUUGCACUUAUGGUGCUAUAGAUGCCACAUCGUUUCUGCGACGAUCAUUCGGAUGGUACUCUAACAAACUUCGGUCGUCACAAAAACCUUAUUGUUUCUGCCACGAUGGCCUGCCACGUCUACAUUUCCCACUGGAUUUGUCUUCGUCUACGGCCUUGAUCACUUUACUAAUAAAAAUGAACUUUUGGAAGGGUUCCUCUGGGCAAGAAUGUUUUCUUGGGUAUAAAUACAUAUAGAUGGAGGUCCCACCUGGCUUCAUAUUCCUCACUCAGAUAAUCCCUCGGGCUGUACUUCUGCCUGCUGUAGCCUUUGGGGCCAGCGGCUUAGUUCUCGGCGAUGCGAUUCCUCGCUGGCUGCGGAUUUCAGCUAGUCUCCUAGCGCCUCAUGUAGCUGUCUAUCUCAAGACCAUCGUCGACGGGUACUCUAACCAGCGGAAAGCAAAGGCGAGAGGUGCCGUUCUUCCUCCCAGAGUACAGAACCGCUGGCCUGCGGGUAUAGACCUACUUGUGGAGCUCCUUGACAAUCUCAAACAUGGUUAUAUGGGCGAGACACAGGAGAGGUUGUGUCAAGAAUAUGGGUACACUAUCCGUCUUAGAAUGUUGUUUGAAGAUAAGGUGCUCACGGCGGAGCCGGAACACAUCAAAGCAAUCCUAUCGACCAAAUUCAACUCUUUCGGGAAGGGUGCGUACAUAGAGUUUAUUACCCGCCCCCCCAUUGACCUCACCACCCAUGGUGUGAAGGGGCCGUAUCCUGGGAUCCAAUUUCAGUCCUUACUGGGAACAGGGGUUUUCAACGCUGAUGGUGGGCACAACUAUAAAUCCGUUUUUGCCCUAGCUCAAUCUUCAAUGACAGGCGACGCGUGGAAAUUUCACCGCUCUAUGACUCGUCCUUUCUUCAGCAAGGAUCGUGUCAGCGACUUCGACAUAUUUGAGAAGCACGCGGACGACGCUAUCAGGCAGAUCAAAAUCCGGUUGAGGGAGGGGUAUCCUGUGGACUUCCAGGACAUGAUAUCCAGAUUUACCAUGGACUCUGCGACGGAAUUUCUGCUUAGGAAAGGAUGGCUCAUUUAUCCAUCGUCGUCGCCCCUUUCCAAGGAUCCGGCUAUCCUUCGGCACCCAGCAAAUCAAUUCGCUCAUGCUUUCCAUGAAGCUCAGGUUUCUACUAUACCUCGUGGGCACGUCGGCGCGUUGUGGAGAAUGAUAGAACUCUUUGGGGACAAAGUCAAGAAACAUAUGAAGAAGGCGGCGAGCAAUAGUGGAUCUUUGAUUGGUAGCGCCCAGGACAAGGACGUACAGGAGGGCAACACUCUGCUCGAUCAUCUAGUCAAUUGCUCGGAAGAUCAUGUCCUAAUUAGAGAUGAGACCAUAAACAUCCUACUUGCAGGCCGUGACACAACUGCAACGACUUUGACGUUUGUCAUCUACAUGCUAUCUCAACAUCCCCAGGUAAUGCACCGUCUUCGGGAGGAGAUCCUGAACAAAAUCGGACCCUCAAAGCGACCUACGCACGAAGAUAUGCGCGAUUUGAGGUACAUGAGAGCGGUGAUUAAUGAAACGCUUCGCCUAUAUCCACCCGUGACAAGUCGUGAAGCAACAGUGUUGCCCGCCGUCAACGGCGGCGACCCUAUGUUUAUUCCGGCUGAUACUCUCGUCAUGUAUUCUGUAUUUGUGAUGCAUCGCAGAAAGGACCUAUGGGGGCCUGACGCUCUCGAAUUUGAUCCCGAUAGGUUCUUGGAUGAACGACUCCAGAAGUAUUUGACUCCCAACCCAUUCAUUUUCCUUGCUUUCAAUGCUGGUCCUAGAAUAUGUCCUGGUCAACAGUUUGCAUACAACGAGAUGUCUUUCUUCCUCGUUCGGUUGCUUCAGAGCUUCUCGUCAGUAUCACUGGAUUUGAAAUUGCAGACACUUCCACCGACGGAAUGGGCCAAUGAACCUGGACGGAAAGGUGCAGACAAGGUUGUUUUCAAGGCACAUCUCACAACUUAUGUUCAAGAUGGCUUGUGGGUGAGAAUGGAAGAAGGGCCACUCGCAUAAGGGAGGUGUGUAUGUGAACGGCGCACACACCCUGUAUGUUUAGAGCCUGUAUAGUCCAUGUACUUGGUAGCUGUUGGAAUUGGGGAAGCGCGGGUCGCGCCCGACAAGGUGUUUAGCACUGUGCUUUCUCUGAGAAGAAAAUCCAUUAUUUAUUGUGUCUUUGUACGCCAGAUACUCGUCAGGGACGUUUAC